ACCUUGACAGGUUCAUUCACAUCCACACUGGGUGGUGAGGUGGGAGCAGGAGCUGAGGUGUUGGUAUGGAUGGAUAGCUCCUAAAAUGCGUCUGACACAGCCUCAUCGUUUAUUCCACCACUUAACUCGAAAAAGUCUUGUUGUUAUUUGUCACUAAGUUAUGGAUCGACUGGAUGAAUGGGGCUUCAAGUCGAAGAAAAUGGAACUGGAGGACGACUUCUACUUCGACUACGGAGCGGAGGAAAUAACAGACUAUCAAGACCCCAAUGAACUUUUGGCUGCUUUGAAACAAAAGGAGGAAGAGGUUAUUUUGGCAGCCCAGCUGGGAAACGCAUUGCUCCUGGAAAACCGUCAGUUGAAAGAGCAGAGUGAAAAACUUCAUGAACAAUACGCGGACAAGCUGGAGGAGCUGGAGCAGGGCAGGCAUGAGCUGCGGCUGAAGCUGGAGGGCUGCCAGUCCCAGUGGGAGAGCCAGGUGGGGGACUUGGAGAGGGAUGUGAGGGAGCUGAGCGCCCAGGUGGAGCGGCUCACCCAGGCCCUCAGCGAGGCGGAGAGGGACAAGAGCCGAGCCCAGCAGGAGCACAGCGAACACACGCAGCGGCUCCGAGAGCAGCUCAGCACUGCGAUGGAGGUGGAGAGGGCCAUGUCCAGUGAGCUGCAGGCUCUGAAACAGGAGCUUAGACAAAAAGGAAGCCAGAACAGGCAGCAGGAUGAGGAGCUCAUCAGUGCCAUGAGGGAGCAGGUGGUGCGUCUCACCCAGAAGGAGCAGGCCCUGGAGCAGCGCUUGGACAGUGUGUGUCAGGAAAACGCUGAACUGAGGGAGAGCCUGGCCUCCUUACACACACGCCUGGCUCUGCAGGACCAACUCAACCAGCAGCACAGCCAGCAGCUUGCCGAGGCGUGGCGAGAGGUGGAAGCAGCACGCAGCCGCUCGCAGCAGCUGCAAGCCCAGGUGGAGGAGCUGCAGGAGGAGGUGUCGCUCCAGGACGCCACGAGCCACAGAGACGCCUCCCUGCUGUCUGAGCUGGAGUGCAGCCUGGACACUGUGGGUCUGACACUCAGCAGAGAGCAGAUGACACAAGACGUGUGGUCCAUCCUGCAGUUAUUGCUCCCACUGACCCAAGAACUGAACGGCCCAGGGAGGUCGGAGGUCCUGGAUCCACACGAGGAUCUGCAGGCCAUGAUGCAGCAGCUGAAGGGAGUCGCCCAAAACUUGGCUCAGACCUGCUGCCGUCAGGAGCUGAAUCGGGCUUUUGUUGACAGGACGGGCGAUCCGUGUGGGAAUCUGAGCGCAGCGCAGGAGCUGAGAGAUCAGAACAUGCGGCUGCAGGAGCAGAACGCUGAGCUGAGGCAGAAGCUGGAGAGCCGACAGGAUCAGGCUGAAGUCAUCCAGCAGGCCAUCAGAGACCGAGAUGAAGCCAUAGCCAAGAAAAACCUGAUGGAGGUGGAGCUGGUGAGAAGUAAAAACGACAUGAUGUCUCUGAACAACCAGCUGCUGGAAGCCAUCCAACGCAAACUGGAGCUGUCACAGGAACUGGAAGCCUGGCAGGAUGACAUCCAGAUCAUCAUCAACCAGCAGCUGAAGACCCAGCAGCAGUCGGAGCAGCUCCAGAAGAAGCCCGUCUCCAACGGCAUGUCCUUCUUCCGCAGACCCACCACGACCUCCAGCAGCUGGACACGGCAGUCCUCCUCCUCCAGCUGGACCUCAGAGACCAACCAGGACAAGGCCCAGUCACCCUGGAGGGAGUGGCUGCGACGGGGCAAAGGGGCGCAGCAUGGCAAAUAACUGGAGGCAGUGUUUCUGUGUAGGGGACUGGAGCACAGAGCUGGACGUGGACGAGAGUGGGCAGAGGUGGCGCUCCUGAGCUACUCGGCUGCUGUGUGGACCGAAGAAGAACCAGGAGUCAGGACAAAGCUGAGUUUGCCACAGGGAGUCCAGGUUUAAUUCAGUAUUGAGGGGAACAUCAGAGCCACUCCGGACAAAGACAGGCACUUACUUACCUACAUUUCACUGCGGCGGAGCCUUCCAGAAAUCAGACAUGUGACAACCUGAAACACUAACAUGGAAAGCUAUGCCUGAGACUGUAAAUAUUCUGCCUCUUUUGUAUUUGUAUUAUUGUGAAUCCCUUUACGUCUAAGACUAUAUAUGUAUAAUAGUUGUAGAUCACAGCUGUGAGAAGGCAGAGAUAUUUGUUCAGAUUAUUUAACUUCACCAAUCAAAGAGAAAGGAAAACAGUUUUAAUAGAUGGACGGGAAAUACAAGUUUCAUCUGUUAGCAUGCUGAAUGUUUUGUACAAAGGUGGGUGUAAGAGGUUAGAUAAAAUCUAUUUUACUGUCUGUUUUGCCCAGAAAUUAAACAUGUAACACAAUGUUGAGUGUGUAAGAAGAAAUAUGUCAUUAUGUAUGCUGAGAAAUCAUUUUUUCUUUUUUUUCUUUUUCUUUUUUUUUUUUUUUUUUUAGUAAAAAUCAAAUAAGCUCUCCAAAACAUUCAUAGGAGUGCUAUAUGUUUGCAGAGCAUGGCUGUAUAACUCAGUGUUGAAGCUGCUUAACACACUAAUUUAAUGUGGAAUGGUUGCUGGAUCAUAAAUUGUGAAAUAAUCCAGUCAGGUUUUUUCAUUUUUACAGUUUUCAUUAUUAUCAGAUGGUUGUUCAUAAAGAAAAUGGUGUUUUAUGUUGACUGGCAACUCUAAGUCACAAGGAGAAAGGGUGCAAUAUUUAUUUUUAUUGUGCUAAACUGAAAAGAACAGAAGUCGAGAGAACAUGGACAACACUCACUCUGCUAUGUACAACAUGUACUGUAGCUACACAAUGUUUGUAAUGUGAAGCCUGUUUUCCUCAUUUGCUGCUCUUUUCAUUUGACAACACAUCUGGACAAACCAUGAGCCCGACCAAUAAGGCAGAACGUCUGCCAAAAAUGUUGCUUGACAGUAAUAAUUGCUCACUCUUACUGAUGAGAUGCAUGAAAGCGUUGAUUAUUUUUUUCUUAUUACAUUGUCAUGUGAGGAGGUUUCCAUCAGGGCCUCACAACUGGAAAACUGAGAAUGUCUUUUAACUGGAAAGAUCAAAAAUAUGUUGUACACUAGCAAAACACACCAUUGAACCUCAACUGUCCAACUUCAUUAUGACAAAUUUUGCAGGUACACUGACUGAACAGUACCUUAAUAAAAGCAAACAUUCAA